UUUCGGCGCCCUGGCGCGCGCGCGCCAGGGGGCGCCCGUGGCCCCCGGGGCGGCCGCGCCCAUACGGGGGCGGCCGCAGCGCCACGUGCUGGCCAUGGUGCCGCCCACCCCCCUGCGCCCGGUCUGCCAGUGGUCGGACGCGGAGCUCUCCCAGCUCGUGCGGGGCGCCCUGCGGGGCGAGGCCGAGGCCCCGCCGCCCUGCGCGGCGGAGCAGUCGCUGCUGCUGGAGGACGGCAGGUCCGGCUUCGUCGAGCUCUCCCAGCUCUCGAAGGGUGCGCGCUACGGCCCCUUCAUGUACGUGGGCCAGGGUGGGGGCACCCACGUGGCGGAGCCCACGUUCAAGUAUGUCGGCCACGGGGCCGGCGACUUCCACGUCCCCGAGCCCACGCCUCGGACCUACUGGUGGCUGUGCUACCCGGCGUGCUGCCUCUUGUGCUGCUGCGUCUUGCUGCCGUUGCUCCUGGCACUGGUCCUGAGGCGCCCUCAGCCUCCGGCUCCUCCAGCCGACACCCUCGCGCCGGGGGGCAUCGUCUGCGAGCAGGCCUUCGACACCGCGGCCCAACGGUUCCUCGCGCCCGACAUCACGCUGGCGCAGAUCCACUUCUGCUGCGACCACUUCGACAUCGGCUGCUCGCUCGGCACCACGGCAGGGACGACGGUGACGGUCCCAGUCGUGACGGUCCCAGUCGCAACGGUGACCACGACCGACGGCGACGACGGAGGCUUCUCCUGCGUCACGGCAGGCGAGAACGUGGCGGACACGUGGUCGGAGGCGAAGAAGAAAUUCUGCUGUCGGAACGCGGGCGUGGGCUGCCUCACCCCGCCACGGGUGGUGGAGUUCGACUGCGACGCGGGCCUGCCGAAGUGGGACACGGGAUGGUCCCCCAUGAAGAAGGACUUCUGCUGCCGGACCGCGGCUCCAGUAGGGUGCCCGGGGUUCACGCUCUCCACGUCGACCACAACCAGGGUCUCCAGCUCCGCACAGGAGGUCACCGCGCCUGUCGGCGUCGUUGCGCCCCUGUCCACAUCUGCCGCACCGAAGGCCUCACCAGGGGUCGCAACCGAGGAUCCAGGCGUCCAGUGCAUGGACUUCGCCAACUGGCCCUUCAAGGACGGGAGGCCGACUGCGGAGCCUGCAAACACCUGGUGUACCUCGACAGGUUCACCACCUGCCAAGAGUACUGCGAGAGUUUCGGGCAGCAGUGCUUCUACGCCGCCGAGGACGUGAACGGGCCAGCGGGGCAGACGGAGUGCAAAGUCUUGACCGAAGUCACGUGCGCUGACAACAUCAAGGCCCUGCAGGUGAGCUCGAACGACAUGAUCUGUGGCUGCAAGAGGCCUGAGCCCACUCCCGUGCCCUCCACGACUGUCCAGCCGCCCACGACCUCGUCGCCGCCCACGACCACGCCGCCGCCCACGACCGUGUCGCCACCAGGUGCUCCGGCGACGCCUCCGCUGACACCUCCGCCUCUGCCGCCCGUCGCCACGCUGACGCCUCCGCCCGACGCAGCGGCGCCCCUGCCCGCGGCUCCUGUGGCGCCCGCCGCCUCGGCCCCGCCCGCACUGGGCGCCCCUGGUGCGCCUGCCGCCCCGGUCGCGGCGGCGCCGGCGAGCUGCAAGGCCUACGGCGAGUGGCCAGGCCUCGAAGGGAACGCGGACUGCGGCCAGUGCAGGCACCAGGUUGUUGUCUCCGACUUCCGGAGCUGUGGGGAGUACUGCGAGAGCUUCGGCCAUCAGUGCUUCUUCGCCGGAGCGAACUUGGGAGGGGAGCUGGACUGCCAGGCCCUGUACACGAUGGACUGCGACUUCGACACCCGGAGCGUGCAGGGCGGCCCGCACGGCGUGGUCUGCGGCUGCGCCUCCCUGGGACCGCCGCCUGCCCCGGAGCAGCCCCCCGCGACGCCUGCGCCCCCGGCGCCGCAGGAGGUGGCCUGCCUGCCGGUGGCCCAGUGGCCUGACAGAGACGGGGAGGUCUCCUGCGGGGCCUAGGAGCUGGUAUCGACCCAUGCGUUCAAGGGUUGCGGCCCGUACUGCGGCAGCUUCGGGCAGGACUGCUUCUACGCGGCAGCGGGCUCUGCGGGUCCGGAUUCGGUGCACGGCGGGACGUGCCAGGUCUCCAGCGAGGCGGCCUGCGGGGACGACCUGAGCGCGCUGACCGCGAGCACCGGCGACAUGAUCUGCGGCUGCAGGAGAGCCCCGCCGCGGUGGGCGAGGUCGCGGUGCCCGUGCCCGCCGCGCCCGAGACUCCGCCGCCGACGCUGGGGGCGGGCGAGCUGCUCGCGCCGAGUCCCGACGAGGCUCCGGCGCCCGCGCCUGGGGCGGUGGGGUCCCCGGCGCCGACGCCGAGCAGCUGACGAGGGCGCCGGCCGUUCGCUCGCCCGUCCUCGCCUCGUGCAGGCCUCGGGACAGCUUCUGCGACGAACCCCGAGAGCGCCGGGGAGCGCUCGCGAGUUGAGGGCAAUCGAGGACCAGUGGGCACUCUACUCGGUGACUCGCGGCACGGUCGUGAAUGAGGACGUAGCCACCCCACGCAAUUUCUAUCGUUAGGAAGGCCGCACCGCUGGCGGUGCUGUCUGCCGCGGCCAGGCUGUUUUUUUUUUUUUUUUUUUUGUUUCUCUAGUUCGGUGAUGGCUGUCUGAGCUGGAGGGUCUGGAGCCCUUUUUUGGGAGCCCAGUCCGAACUGGCGCCAUCUUUCUAGAGUGAUCACGCCGCCUUCAAGGGGCCCAGCAGUUCUUUCUCAAGCCACAUUGGCAGUUUCCGAUUGCAGGUGCCAAAGCUUGCCCUUCAGUCUCGAUGCGCUUUCCGCUCGCGCGCUUCAGGCAGCCAUAGCCCCGCCGAGAGCGCAUAUGAGGUUCUUUUUCGCGCCGUGUAUAACAUCGA